AUGCAGCUUUCCGGGUGCAUAUCGCAUUUUAUUCGAGAGUUAUUGUGAUUUUUAUUUUUCGCCGUGUGACGUAAAGUUGAGUGAUAUCAGCGACAAGAGACGAUCUGUUCAGGAUUCAAUUCAAGGCUAUCCGUUUAUUGAUAUUUAGAAGUGGGAUCAAGUUUACAUGGGAGAGAUCCAUUGUUUCCAAGGAAUCCCCAGGCCCAAAAGAAGGUAUAUAAAUAUGAGUAAGGCUGUGAGAUCGCUCAUGUACAAAUUUUUCAUUUGUUACUACCUAUACUGCCUCGAAGACUUGUUAGAUUGUAUCAAAACGGGGAAAAAUAUGUAUAAUUAAAUACAUAUUAGUACGCAGACACGCCACUGUUGUAAUGACCGGAAGCAAAUGGGGAAACUUGGUCACACUAGUUUUGAUAUCACAUCUGCACCGUGUACAGAGCCCUGUCAGUCAUCACAAAAAGGAAGUAUUAUCUUCGAAGACUGGUCAGCACUUAGUCAAAGUAUCCUCCCGAAAUGGACCACUGAUCUCAAAAACAUCGCUCACCUAUCAAAAGCCUGUACAAAACAACAAAGACUACACAUCAGACUAUGGAGCUCAUUUACACCAAACGAGUAGUUCUAGUAAAUAUAUGAGUACGUCAUGCCACAACGGAAUUUCUAGAAGCUCCGUCAUCCAUGCAGAUUUACCGUUAUUAGAAUCGACCAAAUCAGCUUCGCGGACGAAUCUGAACCAGGGAAAGCCCCCGGUGAAUCCCCUAGUGUCACCGAUGGGAGAUCCGAUAUUUCCUGCGAUAAACAACAACUCGCGCAACGACCAAGAACUCUCUAACAACAACAAGGAAGGCAGCGGAUUUCCCCUAACACCGUCUGAUGCACUUCGCCUAUACGGAAACCGCCUUUCAGAAUACGAAAAGACUGAAAUAGAAAAAUAUUCGAAAAUAUGGUAUCUCGGUCUAUCAGCCUGCAAAAUACACGGCGAACAGGGAGGCAGCCAAAACGGAGGUUAUGAUGAUGACAGUGGCAGUUACAAUAAGGUCCUACAUGAUCACAUCGGUUACCGCUACGAAAUCCUGGAAGUGAUAGGCAAAGGCAGUUUCGGCCAGGUGAUCCGAGCUCUUGACCACAUGACCAACCGACAUGUGGCGAUCAAGAUCAUCAGAAACAAGAAGCGGUUCCAUCAUCAGGCGCUAGUCGAGGUCCGCAUCCUGGACCACCUCAGGAGAAAGGAUAAGGAGUGCAACCACAACGUCAUACACAUGCUGGAGUACUUCUACUUCAGAAAUCAUUUGUGCAUAAGUUUUGAACUGCUUAGCCUGAAUCUGUACGAGCUGAUCAAGAAAAAUAACUACCAGGGAUUCAGUCUCAACUUGAUCAGGCGCUUAGCGAAUUCACUCUUGAAAUGCCUGAGGCUUCUGCAGAAAGAAAAUAUCAUACAUUGCGAUCUCAAGCCAGAAAACGUCCUCUUGAAGCAAAGAGGUAGUAGUUCAAUAAAGGUUAUAGACUUCGGUAGUUCUUGUUACUCAAACCAAAGAGUUUACACUUAUAUACAGUCAAGAUUUUAUCGAUCUCCUGAGGUGAUAUUGGGAUUAACUUACGGUACUGCCAUAGAUAUGUGGAGUUUAGGUUGUAUUUUAGCAGAAUUAUAUACAGGAUAUCCCCUUUUCCCUGGAGAAAAUGAGGUAGAACAACUAGCCUGUCUUAUGGAAGUUUUAGGACCACCACCUGACGAACUGAUCAACCUUGCUACUAGAAGACGUCUGUUUUUUGAUUCCCGUGGAAAUCCUCGCUGCAUAACGAACUCCAAAGGCAGGAAGCGAAAACCGGGAUCGAAAAAUUUGGCUAUGGUGCUCAGGUGCAAUGACCCGCUUUUCAUCGAUUUCUUGUCGAAAUGUUUGGACUGGAACCCCAAACGACGUCCGCUACCUGACGAGGCUUUGCGACACCCCUGGAUCACUUCUGGAGGAGGAAGUAGUCAGCAGAAAUCAUCGUCAGGAACCGACCUUCGUCACAGUCACUCUGAGGCUAACGUGGCAGGUGAUCUGGCUAGUGGCGGCGGUGGAGGCAGUCUUUCUUCCUCCUCAAGUACUUCAGGUGGUGGAACGGGGCAGUCCAGAUCGCAUCGCUGCUCGGUGCCAGGCUUGCCGAAAGGUGCCGUCGAAAAAGUGGUGAAGGCAAAGAUCGUCGAGACGAGAUUGCACGACAGCGUUUCCAAAUUGGACGCUAACCUCAACGAUUCCGGGACGUUCUUGCCACCGAUCCUGUAGGGAUGAUGUUGCUGUGACGUCGCGCUUUAGUGAUCAAAACGAGUUAAAGGAGAUCUCCUCAUUAGAAGGACAUGAAGUCUAGGUUCCCAGUUUGGAAGUAGGGCUUUAAAGUGGUACUUAAACCCGAAGAUAGUUCGAGGCUGAAACUAGGAUUUCUGGUACAAGCAGAGAAAAAAACGAAUAGAUAGUCAAUGUUAUAGUAAUAAUCCAGGAAAUCAAUACCAUAUAUCAUAAGUAAUAUUAAAAUUAAGCCAAACACGCAAACAGUAAAAAUAAUGUUUAAUCCGUAUUAAUUAUUAUAAUUUACUUUACAUACCUGUGUUCAAAAAAAAGCAUAAUCCCCCUUUGACAUUAUCAAAAAACUUCAAAAACUUAUCACGAUCAGAUAUUUGUGAGUGUACAUUUCCUGGAUUACAAAUUUGUAUACAAUUUUGUUUCGUAUCCUCAAUGUAAAACGGUAUUCUAUUUAUUAGGCGUUCUGUCCAUAUUGGAUACAAUAAACUUAACACUAAAAUUUAUAUACAGAAUAUUCGAAAAGUUUCCGACUCUCCCUAUCUCUGAAAGUACUGCAAAAACAAAAAAUAGUCAAGACAAAGGUUGCAUGGUUUUUAGGAGACAGUGGCCUUGAUGUUGACCUUCAAGGUAUCUAUUAGAGUCCAUCGAUGCAAAGAACGAAGAAUUUUUGGUUCGAAAAUGACCUUGACCAUCACCUCAAGGUGAGUUAGAAGUCAACUAAUUUGAAGGUUACAUCCACUUGUAGGCCCAAACUGCUUCCUAGUUGACACUGUCAAGUUCACCAUUGGACACUAUUAUCAAAACACUGCAACUCUUGUCGGGCUUCUUGCGAGCAGUAUUUUCCAAGAUCAGAUACUUUUUGAGCAUCUCGUAGUAUUUUGAAAGCGUGUAACGUCGUUUUCCAUUUUACCAGGGCUUAGUGCCAUCAAUGAUGAUGUUUUAUAAAAUAGUUCUAUUCUAUAAAAUGGAUAUAUUUCUAUCACGAAGGGCCAACGAUCCUACGACCAAUAAUAAUGCUUCUUUAGAUAUUAGGUAUCUGUUACUAAUUGGGAAAGUAAACAAUCAAAUUCUUUAUAAUGAGUAUACCUUGCGUGAUUCGCCAAGAAAUCGUUGAAAUAAAAUAUAUUUGUAUGUCGAUAGUUUAUCAAAAAAAUAUCAGUUGAAUACUGCAAAGCUUUAUAGUAGCUGUUGGCUUUUUAAAUUUUAUUUAAUACCGAUUUUAAUGUUUUAAAUUCAAACUGUGAUUGCGUAUAAUGAAAAAAUUUGUGUCUACGUGUUUUAAUAUAUACGACAGGUCUAAAAAAAUCAAUCCUGAGUUGCGAAUUAAACUUCGUUCCUUAAUGCCUCCUUAGUGUAAGAACGCCUUAUUAACUGCCUUGUCAAUUAAGAGUGACAGGAUCGUUGUCAAACGUCAUGAUUUGCCACUUGUCAAAUAUAAGACGUCAACAGCUGGGCCGCCUUUGUCAUUGGGAAACAUAUAUUUGACAUUUUUUCUGUCGCUGUCAAAAAUGUCACGGCAAACAAACUUUCAAUAAGGAGGCCUUAAGUCAAACUUCAAGACGCUGCUUCAUAUGUAUGGAAACCGAAACGUCAAAAAAAAUCUUGUACUUUCGAUUAAUCUGUGCCUGUUACUUUCUAGAAUCAUACGCGAUGAAUGUCAAACGUAAAGGUACCUUUUGAGUAUUAACAUAACUGUCCUCUCAAAAAUGUCUGUAGACUAGGUCUCCUUGAUAUGAUAGAUUAGUUGAUUUUUUAUAACUUAGACUUAAGCUACAUCUGUAUGUUUUCUAUCUCUUAUUUUCUAGUACUGUACUGUAGUGAGUAUAUCAUCGUACAUAGAUAGGGUACACAAGGCGUUCAUCUUACAAUAUGCAGUUGCAUUUUCUAUCUUAAAUAAAUUUUGUUUAUGUUCAAUAGUGCUUUGAAAUCGUGCUGGCAAGUCUCUCAUUUUGGGGAAAACAGUACGCCACUGGUUUUUGCAGUAAAUUAAUAUCGGUAUCUUAAUGCCGGAUUGAGUUUACCUGAUAAUAUACAAAUCUUUUUUUUGAGUGUGUGAGAAGAGUGAGAGAGAAAUUUUUUAUUUCGGACCUUCCGAUUUGUCUCAUUUAAAUACACAACUCGGUGCUUAUACCAGUUCAAACCAGUCACGACUCUUUUUUUACACCUGUUGCAAUGAAAGAAAUCGUAGGAAGUACUAUUUUCUGUUUGCAAUGCUCGGCCUACUAUUGUUAGGUUUAAAUUUUUAUUUAAGUAUUAUCACAUUCUCAGCGUCUAGAAUGUUCUGUCAUUCAGUUGGAAAGUUUUCCAAGUCUCAAAAAUCAAAAUACGGUCAUACUUUAAUUGCUUUUACAUUAGCAGAAUGUUUUUACAAAAAAUCAAGGUGUCGUAGCUAGGCUGUCCAGCUAACAUGGUGAAAUAAACAAACAUGCAAUAAACUUUAUCACUCACCAUGCAGGCACAGGAGGCUGGAAAUUUCAUCACUGAUCACUAAAAGCCCGAGUUUUCUUUCGAGUGUCCAACCGCUGACAAAAUGCAGUACAUUUGUCCAUUGUCCGUUUAAUCAUACGAUUGUUCGUAAAAGAUACUCCCGAAACACAGACAAAUAUGAAAACGUUUUCCCGUUUUUCAAAUUUCUUCGUGAGCACCCGUACGCAGAACUCAAUAACAAACUAGCGUAUGGGAUGCGUGGGUGCCUUCGUCGUGCAUGUCCGCUGUUGCCAGCGUUGCGGAUAUAUCGCUAAAUCUGAUUUCAUUUCAUUGGGCGGGAGAAAAUCAGGUAUUGGAGAACAGCAAAUAUUUAGCGAAAAACGAUAUAAAAUAAACUGUCUAGGUCUGACAUUAUUGGAUCAUGAUCUGGCUUAUCUUAUGCUUCUCAAAGUACCUAGGUAUGUUGUUUUCAUGAACGAAGAUGUUUAUUUGGCUUUAUAAUGGUUAUUUCAUCUCCUGCCAUUGUAAAUUUUCACAGAAACUAUUGUUUAACUAAAUGAAAUUAAUUGGUUAUGUAAACUUUCUUCAGUGAGAAGGAAACUAAAUUAUAUAUGCUUAUAUAUAAGAGCAGAUCUAAAUUUAUGCUUUCAAAAUGAGGAUGACCCACACUCCACCGAUCUUCAACUAUAGAACCAACUUUGUUCUUUUGACAAGAUUCCAAAAUCCAUCACUAUAAACAAAUAAAUAUGGACUUUAUUUACGGCAACGUGAACAAUACAUAUAUUUAACAGCAUGGCAGUGACCUAUAAUUACAUUAUGUGAUUUAAAACAUCCAGAUAUUAAAAGAUAUCCGAUUACCAGUAUAUAUUCCGACUCAAGCUCACGAUUUUUUUGUCAAAAUUGCAACAAGGUAUUGUAUGAUUAGCAGGUUAGUCUGGCAAAUUUUUAUUUUAGGAGCUGGCAACCAUGUACACGCCACCUGUUCCUGGAAGAUGAGGAUGCAGGGUUCCAAUAUAAUUAGAACUACACAUUAAACACUUUACACAGUGCGUUCCAUUCCGUAUGUUCAGAAAAAAAUUGCAUAGCAAUCAAAAUACUAUUAUUCGUGUAAAGUCCUAACUUUGAUCAGUACAAACCGGAAGAAAUAUGUCCUAUGAAGGAGGUGUGAUCUGAAGGAUGCUUUUGAAUCAUUUUUUUUGUAUAGCAGUUGAGAAGGCUGUAUACAGGAUGAUGCCAAAAAAUAUUAAAGUGUCGGGAUGCUCUAUUUAUAAUACGAAAUUGGAACUUUUGGAACUGACAUCGUAUUUAUGGUGUACGCACCCGAUAUUCAUUUAAAACGGAGAAUUUUUGAGUUCAUAUUUACAGAAACGCCAUUUUCAUUCAUUUUGAAUUAUCCUCUGUCAGCUGUUAACAUAUUUAUAUUACCAAAGCAUUAUUGAAUACGGAAUUUGGCAAAUUUUAUUUAAGAUAGACAUUUAGGAUGCUGGAGAAAUCCUAAUGAUUGAUAUGCGAAUAAGAUAUUGUUUCUGGUUUUACAAAGAAUAAUAAUUAUAGGUAUAUAUGUAUACUUUCUUCCUGUGAAUGCGCAUUGUGUAUUAAGUGUAUUUAAUGAAAUCUGUACACCCCCAAUGUGAUAUAUACUGAUAAUAUUGUAGAUAUGUUAGUUAGUUAUAGUGCCCUGGCCUAGUAAGGAUGUUAUUACAAGGUAUUACAUAAUCAAACGAAAGAGACGAUUUUUAUUUCUCUGAUCACUAAAAAUUGCACUUUGAUAAAGAGAUAUUUUACACUAACCGUAACACGUUUUUCUUUUAUCGCUUACAUACGAAAAAUGUAAUAAAUUGUUGUAAUAAGUUGUUAAAUAAGACUGAC